UUUUUUUUUUUUCCGUCCUCCAUAGUGUGACUGGACCUGAGCCCGGCUGGAUGUUAAAAGUUCCACUCGAACCCGCGGCUCUUUCCUGCCUUCCUCGGUGACUCAAUGGCGCAGACAUUUCCGCUGGUAGACACGCCGCGGCGACGGAGCUGAGAGCUUCCUCCCCCCGCCACGUUUUGGCAGCAGAGAGGUGGAGGAGAUGGACUCGACCCGGCCGACACGCCCGGCUGAGUGCCCCCCAGGCGCUCUCCAUCAGGAUUAACUGAGCGUGCCCUUUGACCUUUUAAAGAUGCGAGUGAGCAGGUCCAACGUCCUGCUGGGCUGCGUCCUGCUUUGCUCCGCCUCCUUGCUCUACCUGGGCCUCAGCGGCCUCGACUGCCCCCCCAAGAGCCACCGCUUGCGCUGGGCGGAGCUCCACCGGGCGUCUGCGAAUCAGAGCGCCUCGCUGACGGAGCAUCUCCCCGAGGACACGCCCCUCAUCUUCAUCGGCGGCUUCCCCCGCAGCGGCACCACCCUCAUGCGGGUCAUGCUGGACGCCCACAACGCCGUGCGCUGCGGCGAGGAGACCCGCGUCAUCCCGCGCCUCCUCACCAUGCGCGCCUCCUGGAGCCGCUCGGUCAAGGAGCGCAUCCGGCUGGACGAGGCUGGCGUCACCGACCAGGUUCUGGACUCGGCCGUGCGCGCCUUCCUGUUAGAGGUGAUCGUGGGUCACGGGGAACCCGCUCCUCGUCUCUGCAACAAGGACCCGUUCGCCUUGAAGUCGCUGACCUACCUGGCCCACAUCUUCCCGAAGAGCAAGUUUGUUUUGAUGGUGCGAGACGGACGAGCCUCCGUUCACUCGGUCAUCUCGCGUAAGGUCACCAUCUCGGGCUUCGACCUCAACAACCACCGCGACUGUCUGACCAAGUGGAGCAGCGCGGUGGAGACCAUGUUCAACCAGUGCGUGGCGGCCGGCGAGGACCGAUGUCUGCCCGUGCGCUACGAGCACCUGGUCCUCCACCCCGAGCAGGAGAUGAGGAAGCUGCUGCAGUUCCUGGAACUCCAGUGGGACUCGGCCGUCCUGCACCACGAGGAACUGAUCGGCAAGGCCGGAGGCGUGUCUUUGUCCAAGGUGGAGCGCUCCACGGACCAGGUGGUGAAGCCGGUCAACACGGACGCCCUGGUCAAGUGGGUGGGUCACAUCCCCGAUGAGGUGGUAGACCACAUGGCCGAGAUCGCCCCCAUGUUGGCCCGCCUGGGCUACAACCCGCGUGCCAACCCGCCCGACUAUGCCAAGUCGCCGCCGCUGUCCAAUCGCAUGCCGACUUGGAAAGCAACAGAACCUCCUCGACCCGCUUAGGACACAUUUUUAUUUUGUCUACGCACCUUAAAGGCGGACUUCCUGUGCAGUGCCUCGCCGCCAUGUUUGUUUUUUUUUGGUUAGUUUUGCGGUCGUCAGCGUCUGGACGGAACGCCAGUAUGGACCAGGUGGUGACAUGUGACCCCGCCCCCUCCUCACCUCGCCAAGAAUGUGAAAGUCGAGUUCUCACGGACUUUUAAGAUUUCUGACUAUUUUCUUAAUAAAUUAUUAUGGCGCUCCGCAGCAGGCGCCCUCUAGUGGCGCACGCUGACAUGUCGUCUAGCAUUAAGGUCAGCUUCAUUAAACUGCUGUUACGGCUCAUCGCCAUGGUUACGGAUGCUGUCAGUCAUUCUGCAUCAUUGCGGAAUCAGGGAGGCCUCACGUGACAGAAGAAACUAGGGAACUUAAGGGCGUGGGCGGCGUGUUACCUGAUGGCGGAAUGACGUAAACGAACAGGUUCAGGGACCACUGCGUCGUAAAGUGUCACCAUGGCAACCACCAGCAUGAGCACACACACACAAACGCAUCCCUUAGCGACGUCGCUAAUUCCCGUCGGGCAUCAAGGAUCAAGUCACCCGCGUGUUCAAUUCCCGCACGGCUGCCAGGAACAUCAAGAGCGCUCGCCCCAGUGGACCGAACACGCGGUGUCUCGUAGCAAACGCACCAAGUGACGCGAAACAGAACCAGGGCGCAAACUACGGAACAUUCAUGUAGGUCCAGUGUGAAGUGAAGUGAAUUAUAUUUAUAUAGCGCUUUUCUCUAGUGACUCAAAGCGCUUAACAUAGUGAAACCCAAUAUUUAAGUUACAUUUAAACCAGUGUGGGUGGCACUGGGAGCAGGUGGGUAAAGUGUCUUGCCCAAGGACACAAUGGCAGUGAUGAGGAUGGCGGAAGCGGGGAUCGAACCUGGAACCCUCAAGUUGCUGGCAUGGCCACUCUACCAACCGAGCUAUGGUUAUAAGGUGGUCCCAAAAAGGCGGAAUUUUUCAAAUUGACUGUGUGUCAGUUUAAAAAGGGCUCCCCCUCUGGCCAACAUAUGAAAUAACAAGUGUGUGCAAGAAAUUGAAAUGCGCCCCCAUUGACCAAAAUUUUAUAACAAUUUAAAAAAAAGUACAUAGAGACAUACUGUAAUAACUUGAAGUAUAUAAUAAACUUUAAAAAAGGUGAAGUGAAUUAUAUUUACAUAGCGCUUUUCUCUAGUGACUCAAAGCGCUUUACAUAGUGAAACCCAAUAUCUAAGUUCCAUUUACACCAGUGUGGGUGGCACUGGGAGCAGGUGGGUAAAGUGUCUUGCCCAAGGACACAACGGCAGUGAUGAGGAUGGCGGAAGCGGGGAUCGAACCUGGAACCCUCAAGUUGCUGGCAUGGCCGCUCUACCAACCGAGCUAUGGUUAUAAGGUGGUCCCAAAAAGGCGGAAUUUUUCAAAUUGACUGUCACUUUUAAAAGGGCUCCCCCUCUGGCCAACAUAUGAAAUAACAAGUGUGUGCAAGAAAUUGAAAUGCGCCCCCAUUGACCAAAAUUUUAUAACAAUUUUUAAAAAAGUAUAUAGAGACAUACUGUAAUAACUUGAAGUAUAUAAUAAACUUAAAAAAAGGUGAAGUGAAUUAUAUUUACAUAGCGCUUUUCUCUAGUGACUCAAAGCGCUUUACAUAGUGACACCCAAUAUCUAAGUUCCAUUUAAACCAGUGUGGGUGGCACUGGGAGCAGGUGGGUAAAGUGUCUUGCCCAAGGACACAAUGGCAGUGAUGAGGAUGGCGGAAGCGGGGAUCGAACCUGGAACCCUCAAGUUGCCGGCAUGGCCGCUCUACCAACCGAGCUAUGGUUAUAAGGUGGUCCUAAAAAGGCGGAAUUUUUCAAAUUGACUGUGUCAGUUUUAAAAGGGCUCCCCCUCUGGCCAACAUAUGAAAUAACAAGUGUGUGCAAGAAAUUGAAAUGCGCCCCCAUUGACCAAAAUUUUUAACAAUUUAAAAAAAAAGUAUAUAGAGACAUACUGUAAUAACUUGAAGUAUAUAAUAAACUUAAAAAAAGGUGAAGUGAAUUAUAUUUACAUAGCGCUUUUCUCUAGUGACUCAAAGCGCUUUACAUAGUGACACCCAAUAUCUAAGUUCCAUUUAAACCAGUGUGGGUGGCACUGGGAGCAGGUGGGUAAAGUGUCUUGCCCAAGGACACAAUGGCAGUGAUGAGGAUGGCGGAAGCGGGGAUCGAACCUGGAACCCUCAAGUUGCCGGCAUGGCCGCUCUACCAACCGAGCUAUGGUUAUAAGGUGGUCCCGAAAAGGCGGAAUUUUUCAAAUUGACUGUGUGUCACUUUUAAAAGGGCUCCCCCUCUGGCCAACAUAUGAAAUAACAAGUGUGUGCAAGAAAUUGAAAUGCGCCCCCAUUGACCAAAAUUUUAUAACAAUUUAAAAAAAAGUAUAUAGAGACAUACUGUAAUAACUUGAAGUAUAUAAUAAACUUAAAAAAAGGUGAAGUGAAUUAUA